AUGAUUUCUGAAUUUCUGGAAACUAAAUUGAUUGAAGCUGUUUAUUAUUUCCAAGGAUUAUCCCCACAAGGUUAUUUGAAAUUGGCUUGUUCAUCUAUUUUGGGUGGUCUUGGAUUGUAUUUCGGAAAGAAGUUUUUCAAUGGAGGUGUUGUGAGAGGAGAAUUAUUGGCUAACAAGUCAUCUUUGAAGGGAAAGACUAUUAUUGUUACUGGUGCUAGCCCUUAUGGUAUUGGAUAUGAAACUAGUAAGGUUUUACAUAGUUUGGGAGCAACUGUUAUUUUGGGAGUUCGUUCUGAAAAGAAUGGUAAUGAAUCCAAGAAGAUGAUUACUGAGGAAAAUGGAGGUGGAGCUGAUCGUUUGAUUGUCAUGUUGAUGGAUCUGACUGAUUUGGCUUCUAUUAAGAAGUUUACUGAGGAAUUCAAGUCAAAAUUCACUACUUUGGAUAUUUUGAUUAAUAAUGCUGGUAUCAUGAUGUGUCCACAUGCCACAACAAGGCAAAAUGUGGAAAUUCAAUUCGGUACUAAUCACUUGGGUCACUUCUUAUUGACCUACUUGUUAUUGGACAUGAUUAAGCAAUCAAAUGGUAGAGUUGUCAACUUGUCUUCAUUAGCUGCUAGUGGAAUUAAGAAGGAAAGUGAUCUUGAAGGAUUCUGUUCAUUCAAGCCAGAUGUUGUCAUUGGAGAUGGAAGCAAAUUGGCCAAUCCAUACGAACUCUAUUACAGAUCCAAAUUCUCAAACCUUUUAUUCACAAAGAGACUUGCUCGUGAAUUGGCAAAUGGAAGUGAAGCUACAUCUUAUGCUUGCCAUCCUGGCAUUGUCCGGUCCCUGCUCGGAAGAAGCUUCACUUUGGGUGGAAUCAUAUUCCCAGCAAUGUGGUAUUUCACCAAGUCAGCUCUCCAAGGAGCUCAAACCACUCUUCACACUGCAUUGGAGGAUAAGAGUAAAUUGAAAUCUGGAAGUUAUUAUGCCGAUUGUGCUACAAAGCUUGGAAAUAAGUUUGAAGAUAAUGUUUCAUUGCAAGAUACAUUGUGGCAAACCUCUCUCGAUUUGUGCAAGGAUUAUUUGAAUUAA